AUGACGACCUCAGAACCCAAGGACCUGUCUCAGAAACAUGAACCUAUCGCGAUUAGUCUGGCACAGGCUCUCAAGCUAGUAGGAGCACUGUUGACCCUGAAGAUAUUGCAUGCUGUGGCGCUGGUCUUUCGCAUAGAGCAAGCAGCAGCACGGAACCCGGUUCAGAGAGCCAUCCAUCGCAGAGAGCGGCAAAUCGUACAGAUCUUUCUAUCUUCAAUUCCGGAAAGCUACUACGUACCGAUCAUCGGGAACUUCUUCUCCAACGAUCUUCCCUUAACCUCCAUCGCAACUAAUUCGAUUUCGAUUCAGCAGUCCCAGAGACCGACAAAUCCGGCGGAAGCACAGUCUACCGAGAGGACAUCGUCCAACCAGAACAGUCUGCUGAUGCAAGUCUCCUCCAGUAUUGAGCCAGCAGUCCGCAUGUCUCAGGGGCUCGUGGAUCGUGAGGCAGAGCUCGCCAAAAACAAAUCGGAAAGUGGCAUGGACUCAAUGAUUCCAGCGGCUGGCAGCGAUUCCCUUUACUCCAACACGACGAUAAAAAGAAGUACUUCUGUGCGAAGAAUGUAUUCGCGUUCCUCGAGCAUGCAGAAGGCUAUGGCAGGUUCGGCGGCACAGUAUGCCAAACUUGUGUCUGGCAGGCCACAAUUCAGCACCACCAGCCGGCCAAUGUCGAUGGAGUCCACAGAUGGACAGCAGCCUCGACCGACCGAUGACUCCGCGGACGACCAGGCUCUGCUUGAAAUGGAGACUUUACGAGCAACCCACUCGGUGGAAAGUUUUCCUGGAAAAUUUCCCAUCAGUGAUGGACUGGAGUUUAGUUCUCUUGCCACGGCACCACACCAUAUAAGAGGCCGAGGAACCACUUCUGUCAGGCCGUUUUCGGAUGUUUGA